AUGGGGACAUCUCCGCAGGCGCCGCCGUGGAGCAUCUGCUGGAACUGGCCAUGGAGACUCCCCCAGAACCUUACCGCCGCAGAUGUGCGGAAUCCCACGAGCCAUGGGGGCUGUGACAACUCCGAUCCUCCCUGGCUCCUCAAGUCCCUGCUCAAUCUGGGCUCCGCCCUGACCUCCAACGUCUCCCGCUUCGCCGCCAGAGGGAAGGAGGCCGCCUUCGUCCUUCCGAGCGGGCGCGUUCGGGCACAGCCCGAUGGCAAUGGGGACGGGAAGCCCCGUUCGGCGCUCUCCAAGGCGGAUCAGGGGGAGGCGGAGCAGCGGGCGUUGGCGGCGGCGCUGGCGAGCGGGAAAGAGGCGACGGUGCUCGAGUUCUACUCCCCGCGGUGCCGACUGUGCAAAUCCCUGCUCGGCCUGGUCCUGGAGCUGGAGAAGAGGAACUCCGAUUGGGCCAGCUUCGUGCUCGCCGACGCCGAGAAUGAGAUGUGGCUCCCCGAGGUGAGAAGACCGAAUCCCUACCUCUUUUUCUUUCGGGUGGUUACCGUCUGGAGUCAUACUCUAGGUAAAUCAUCGAGAGGAGGUUUGGAAAUUUCCCUUCCUUAUCACUGGUAAAUUGUUCGGCAGACUUGGAUCUGAUCGAGGGUUCUCAUCCAUUUUGGUCCAAAUGAGUAGAAUAUUUCUUACGAUUUAAUCGUAUCGAUCCAACGUAUUGUUAUUUGUUCAUCCAGAUUACGAUGAGUUCAGUGAGAGAUGAAUGCUGACCGGGGGUGACUGAUUAUCACUGCAGCUGAUCUACUACGACAUCAAAUAUGUUCCUUGCUUCGUGUUGCUGGACAGGCAUGGCAGAGCCCUGGGGAAGACGGGGGUCCCUGCAAGCAGGCUUCACGUCAUUGCAGGCCUCUCCCAUCUCCUGAAGCUCAGGCAGCCCAAGGGGAAGGAGAAACCCACAUGCUCCUGA